UCAGCAGAAGUUACCGAGCAUGCUCCGCUCGCCGUGCAGCGUAGCGUAGCCUUCCCCGGGCCGCCUGUCUCCCAGCCGGGCCGCCACGUGGGGGAGUGCGCCGCGCUGCCAGAGGCCGGGACUCGCCCGGGACCGGAGCCGCCGCCGGGCUAGAGAAUCUUGUAAGGAUCUGAUGCGCAUGUACGCUUGAAGAACAAAAAGGAUCCACUCUUUACAAUUUCAGGCAUUUUUACUAACCAUGCAGCGCAAGAAGGUAGACAAUCGCAUUCGAGUGCUAAUUGAGAAUGGAGUGGCUGAGCGACACAGGACAUUGUUUGUUCUCGUUGGAGACCAUGGCAAGGAUCAGGUGGUUAUACUCCAUCACAUGCUAUCUAAAGCAGCUGUGAAGGCCAGACCCUCAGUCCUGUGGUGUUACAAGAAGGAGCUGGGCUUUAGCAGCCACCGUAAAAAGCGAAUGAGACAACUACAAAAGAAGAUUAAAAGUGGAACUUUAAACCUAAACCAGGAUGACCCUUUUGAGUUGUUUAUAGCAGCCACAAACAUUCGCUACUGCUAUUACAAUGAGACCCAUAAAAUUCUUGGUAACACCUUUGGCAUGUGUGUACUCCAGGAUUUUGAAGCCUUGACUCCAAACCUGCUGGCUAGAACUGUUGAAACAGUGGAAGGAGGUGGAAUUGUGGUGAUUCUCCUCAGAACUAUGAACUCACUGAAGCAGCUGUAUACAAUGACCAUGGAUGUUCACUCACGCUACAGAACAGAGGCACAUCAGGACAUAGUAGGGAGGUUUAAUGAAAGGUUCAUUCUGUCUCUGGCCUCUUGUAAGAACUGCAUAGUGAUUGACGAUCAGCUCAACAUCUUGCCAAUCUCUAGUCACAUUGCAAACAUAACACCAGUUCCUCCACAGUCUCAGGAGGAUAACCUCAGGCCUCAGGAUCUGGAGCUGAAGGAAUUGAAGGAAAGCUUGCAGGAUACGCAACCUGUAGGAGUGCUGGUGGAUAGCUGUAAAACUCUGGAUCAGGCAAAAGCACUUUUGAAAUUUAUUGAAGCCAUUUCUGAGAAGACUCUGAGGAGCACCGUGGCUUUAACAGCUGCCAGGGGACGUGGUAAAUCUGCUGCUUUAGGAUUGGCUAUAGCUGGAGCCGUGGCUUUUGGUUACUCCAACAUCUUUGUGACAUCUCCCAGUCCAGAUAACCUUCACACACUAUUUGAGUUUGUAUUUAAAGGCUUUGAUGCACUGCAGUACCAGGAACAUCUGGACUAUGAGAUUAUUCAGUCUCUGAACCCUGAGUUUAAUAAAGCUGUCGUCAGAGUGAAUGUGUUCAAGGAGCACAGACAGACUAUCCAGUACAUACAUCCCGCCGAUGCUGUGAAACUGGGCCAGGCUGAACUUGUGGUGAUUGAUGAAGCUGCUGCCAUCCCCCUUCCUCUGGUGAAAAACCUGCUGGGGCCUUACCUCGUCUUUAUGGCUUCUACGAUCAAUGGUUAUGAGGGCACUGGUCGGUCAUUGUCCCUGAAGCUGAUUCAGCAGCUCCGGCAGCAGAGUGCACAGGCGCAAGCCAGCAUGACUGCAGAGAACAAAUCUACAGCUACGGCUAAACUUGCCUCAGCUCGUACAUUGCAUGAAGUCUCCCUCCACGAGUCAAUCCGAUAUGCCCCUGGAGACCCUGUUGAAAAAUGGCUCAAUGACCUGUUAUGUUUGGAUUGUCUCAACAUCACCAGGAUCAUCUCUGGCUGCCCACUGCCUGAAACCUGCGACCUAUAUUAUGUGAACAGAGACACCCUCUUUUGUUAUCACAAAGCAUCGGAAAUUUUUCUCCAGAGGCUGAUGGCCCUCUACGUGGCUUCACACUACAAGAAUUCUCCCAAUGACCUCCAGAUGCUUUCAGAUGCUCCUGCCCAUCAUCUCUUUUGCCUUCUGCCACCAGUCCCACCUACCCAGAAUUCCUUGCCAGAAGUACUUGCUGUUGUUCAGGUGUGUCUGGAGGGAGAGAUCUCUCGCCAGUCUAUCAUGAACAGCCUGUCUAGGGGGAGGAAGGCUUCAGGAGAUCUUAUUCCAUGGACUGUCUCAGAGCAGUUCCAAGAUCCAGAUUUUGGGAGCCUCUCGGGUGGACGUGUUGUUCGCAUUGCAGUCCACCCUGAUUAUCAAGGGAUGGGUUAUGGCAGCAGGGCUCUGACCUUAUUGCAAAUGUACUAUGAAGGCAAAUUCCCUUGCCUGGAAGAAAAAGUUACUCCGAAGCCAAAAGGAAUUGCCACCGUAAGCAGUGAGGCUGUCAGUUUGUUAGAAGAGGCUGUGACACCUCGGAAGGACUUGCCUCCUUUACUUCUCAAACUGAGUGAGCGACAAGCGGAGAAUUUAGAUUAUCUGGGUGUAUCUUAUGGCUUGACACCGAGGCUGCUCAAAUUUUGGAAACGUGCUGGAUUUGUACCAGUUUACCUGAGGCAGACUCCAAAUGAUCUGACUGGUGAGCACUCCUGUAUCAUGCUGAAGAUGCUAAAUGAAGAAGAGAGUGAACAGGAGCACUGGCUCGCUGCCUUCUGGAAAGAUUUCAGGAGGCGGUUCCUGUCUCUGCUGUCAUAUCAGUUCAGCGCUUUCCCCCCUUCAUUAGCACUGAACAUUCUACAGAACAAGAAUAUCAAGCAGGAGUUGCAACCUCCAAUCAGCCGUCCUGAAUUGGAAGCUGUGUUCCUCCCCUAUGACCUGAAGCGGUUAGAGAUGUACUCUCGAAACAUGGUGGACUAUCACCUGAUUAUGGACACAAUUCCCACUGUCUCCAGGAUGUACUUUCUCAGCCAGCUAGGAGACACAUCCCUCUCUGCCGCGCAGUCUGCCCUUCUUCUGGGGAUUGGUCUGCAACACAAAUCUGUGGAUGUGCUGGAAAAAGAGAUAGAACUGCCCAGCAGUCAGCUGAUGGGCCUCUUCAAUAGGAUCAUCCGCAAGGUCGUCCAGUUGUUCAGCAGGAUCCAGGAGAAGGCUGUGGAGGAGCAGAUGGCAGUUACAAAGGAAGUUGUAAUGGAGCCAACCCUGAAAUCUUUAAAUGAGGACUUGGAAGAAGCAGCAAAGGAAUUCCAGGAAAAACACAAGCAAGAAAUGGGGAAGCUGAAAGACAUGGACUUUUCACAAUAUAUAAUCCGGGGUGGUGAUGAAGAAUGGAACGAAGUGCUGAACAAAGCAGGACAGAACGCUUCGAUUGUGAGCCUGAAAAGUGAAAAGAAGAGAAAACUAGACAUGGAAAAAGGACCAAAACAACAAAAGAAAUUUAAGAAGAACAAAGAUCCAAAGCAGAAGUGGAAGAAAUGACUUUAAAAAUGAUGAUGGACUUGAAUAACCAGGAGCAAGCUCCUGUCUAGGGAGCCCCAUCCCCUUUUUAAAGCAAGGACUUCUCUUGAAGAAGCAGUGUCUGGAAGGGAAGGGCUUAGAGGCCCUUUUAAAGAAUAUAUUAAGGAAAAUACAGUGACAUCGCCAAGAGAUGCUGCCCAUGGGGACUUUUAUACUGUGUGCCUGGAGAGCCUGGUUUGAUGAGAGGCACUGCACAAGAAACUAGAUUAUUACAAGGGGGCCUAAAUGGCUAGGAAAUGUCAAUUCCCAGGGCUAAUCAAUCCAUAAACAACUUUCCCUCGUCUUAGUGGUUGGUAUUUUAUUUUAUUUUUUUGGGGGGCGGGGAGGCCUUUUGGAGCACUUGCUUUUAUUGUGCCUUACUAUGUGGUGUGGCAUUGCUAGCAUUUUAAUACACCUUAGUAUGUUUAAUUACUGGCCCUUCUCUGCAUCUGCUUUCCGUUAUGAAUGACAUCAGGUUCAAGCAGCAUAAUUUCUGCUUUCAGAUUGAGCCAUGAGCUCCAUUCUCCUUGUGGGGCUUUGCUAUUCACUGAGCACCAGCAGCGUGUUCAGUCCCAUGUAAAAGUGACCACAGUCCUUGCACUAAGGAGCUUGCAGUGUAUGUUUAUAUAUAUUUCUGUUUGGAAAACAAAGCCUAUAGCUCCUGCUUUUAGUUCUCCAGAGGAAGCCCCUAAUAAGGAUGCCUGUGUCUCAUUCUUAGUGGCUUAUUAGACCCCUUAUCUCUCAGGUGGCUCAGGGGUUUGCCCUGUGAUAUGCCUGGUAGAUGGUCCUAAUGUUUCCUUACUCCCUAAGCUUGCGUGGUGACAAAUAGAGAAGGCCCUGCUGGCUCCAUGUUGCCUGGUAUACUUUCAGCUAUCGUUGUCUGCUUGGCUUCUUGUAGUCUGGAAACUGUGCAGAGAUUGCCAUAAAAUCAGCAUCGGCUCCAAUGCCAGGAAACCAGCCUCCUCGCCUACAUUGGUUUCUCCUCAAGCAGCAGGGGCCGUCCAAGCAACUCAACAAUCCACUCAUGAGGCAGUAGGUCUCCGCUUACCUGUGGUUCCUUUUUACGUUUGAGACCAGGUCUGUGUUGCCCAGGCUCAUGUCCUCUUCUGCUGGGGGGUUUCUGUGGUGGAGCUGCUCUCUCCUGUGUCUGUGCCUAUCACCAGACUCCAGUGAGUGGGGCAGAUCUUAGCUCUUGGGGAACUGCAGAUAAAUGCAGCAGCAGAAGUUCCACUUCCUCCUCCCUUCCUGCCACAGAAUAAGGGUUCCUAUUUCACUGACACCCCCCCUCCCCACACACAGCCUGCUCCCCACUUUGCAUCUCAUGCUCAUUUCUUCCCCUGCAUGUAUUUUUGUCACCCACCUUCUUUACCCCUGCUUCACAGCCCAAGAGGACUGGGAGCUGCUAAUGGUAGGCUGUAUUGAGAGCCCUAUGCUACAGAUGGGUGAGAGUUACGAAAGGCUGUAGAUCCUGACCUGCCCCUCCCUCUGCUGCUGGAAAACCUCACUGACCCUAGAGUCCCUCCUACCUCCCCAUGAAACUCUUAAAAAUGGUUUUCUCCAGCUGUCUCUACCUGGGCAUGCACCAGUUUCCUCCCCAAUAAGCUAUUUGGAUUUGAGAGGCCUGUUAACCACAAGGAAGGGCUACUACAACAGUGCUUGUGUCUCCCUUUCAUUAACAAAUCAACUUGAAAGAAUGCUCUGCAACAAAAUUUCCUUUCCAAUAUAUCGGCGAGUUGGGUGCCUUGAAAAUUUCAUUUAUACCCCACCCCCAAUACGUAGAAAAGUUGCUCCAUCAACUGGCAGAACAAGGUGCUUCCAUCUAGGAGGCAGGAGUUGGGUGCUGGACCUUGGUUAUCUGCUUCUGGGCAGCAGGGGCUGGAGUGUGCUGUGUUGUGCUCCAGGGUUCCCCUGUGGCUGACUCAGGAUUGUUGACUCCAGAGGGUGCUGGAUCUCAUUGCCUGAGGGAUGGUUACUGCAAUGCAAGACUUUGCGAGGUGUCUCACAAAUAACUUGCAUCCUUUAGGCUUUGGGUGGGGCCAGGAGGAGUGGGAAAGGAAUUGACCUGUGCACCUGGAGUUAGUGUUAAAUCAUUCUUAAUUCCACACCAAUCAUUUAAUUGGUGCCUCUGUUUGUUUUGUUUGCUCCUCUGGAAGUGUGAUCUGAUUGGCCAAAGCAGAGCAGGUUCCAUUAGAUUAAUUAACCUGAAAGGCUGCACCUGAGGGAGAGCCAGGGCUUGAGAGGCUGACUGAGGAUGGAGCCCAGCUGAGAAGGAAUGGGUGGGGCUGGUAGAAAGCUGGGAAGCAGGCUGCAGUCAUUCCCUGGGAGAAGGGAGAUGUGUUUGGGGCUGCAGAGUUAAGUAGUCUAUGGUGACUCCCUGGGAAGAGGGAGUCUG